GGAAAAGGAAUGAUCUAUUUUCCCAUUUUGUUUUCCUUCCUUAUAUUUGUUGUCACCCUUACUUAUCUACUCUGCAUCAUAUAUCAGAUGUAAUUAUCUCUCAAAGGGAUACUCAUGUCAUUUAGCUAAGAGACAGAUACUCUAGCUUCUAUCCACGGAGAAGGGGCACUAGAGGGAGGUCUCAUACCCACCAAUGAUGGAGGGAGGUGGCUAAAGGUCUUCUGGACUACCCUAGGGGAAAGAGCAUGAAUUUUGGAAAUCUGCAACUUUCUAGUGGUAUAGUAAAGUUACUUGACCACUCUGAAUCUCACUUUACAUAGCUGUAACAUGGUGAUAAUCUACUGUGCAGGGUUAUUGUGUGGAGUAAAGAAUGUGGAAAAUACCUAGCAUAGUGGCUGGUAUGAAACAGGAGGUUAAUAUAUAUUGUAUAUAUGGUCAUUUUUUCAUGAAAGAGGAGUUGUACUGAGGAUGGGUAAAAAACUGCUUAAGUCUCAGAUAGGAUGGAGGAUCUCAAAAUGCUUGAAGAGCCUCCUAAGAGCUGGCUGCCUCUCUGCACCCCUCCUUAGUUCCUGAGUGCUUUAGAAUGGUUUAAGACUGGGAAUUGCAUCUUCCUUCCAAACAGGGUGAGGAACAAUCUGUGGGAAGUCAGUAUACAGUUGAAUUCAGUUUCCAACACAGAGAAUUUGCCAGUUUUCGCCCACGCCGAAGAGACAAGAAAGCAGCUGUGGGCAGACAGUAGAGAGAGAGCAGUGGGGCCACUAGGACAUAUCACACUUGCAGAUGUCCCAUUGUUUGCCUUGAGAUUUCCUAGUUUGUCUAUUUUAUCCGGUUGCUUUUCCAUGAUAUACAAAGGAUAGAGCCAAAACAAUUUCAUGUCGUUUUCCCACUUUGUUUUGAUUUAUUAUUUGUUGUUUACAGUAUUAUCUCCAAUAACAACAAUGGAAUUUCCUUUUCCACUAAGCUGGCCUGUUUCCAUUUUGCCUGUUUAUUUUAAUUUACUUUUUCAGGACUGAAAGCUCCACAUGACUCUUCUUUAUUUCCUGCAUGUGUAGGUCAGCAUCAUUUAUUAGCCUGUGCACUCAGAAGAACUUUGUUCAUUAAUUGUAAAGGUUCUGCUUCCUGGUUCCCAAUGUGAGUGUAUUAAGUGCUUCAUGUUGCCAAGUACUGUCCUUCACAGUUUUGGUUAGCAGUUUCCUCAUCACUGCUCUCUGCAAGCAGGUGGACUUGCUCUCUGGGGUUGACAGAUGCAGUUCUGAAGCCCUAAGGCAAAGAAGUACCUCCUCUGCAGAUUUGUUUUCCCAAAUCCUCUGACUUGUCACCUCUGCCCCUCUUAUCAAUCCCAAUUUCCUUUUACUUAAAAAAAAAAAAAAUUUUUAUUUGAUUUGUUGUUGUUGAGAAUAUACACAGCAAAAACCUAUACCAAUUCAAAUUUCUACAUGUACAUUUCAGUGACUUGAUUACAUUCUUCAAGUCAUGCAACCAUUCUCACCCUCCUUUUCAGAGUUGUUUCUCCUGCAUUAAAUAAACUCACUGCCCCUUAAUGUUCCUAUGUAAUUUUUCGAGUUACCUCCAGAAAUCUGGAUUCCAUGAGAAUUUGAAAUUUUAUUCUGCAUUUUACCCCUUUUGAGCAAAGAUUCUUCUAUGGAAUCUUUCGAUCAAAAUGUCCAGUAAUAUAUUUUUAUUUACAUUGAUUUGGGCAGUGGAGUAUGUGAGCAUAAAAACUGCUAUUUGCAGACAUUUCCAUGUAAACUAGUCUGUUGUUAUCAAAUGGCUGAAACAGAAUGGCUGAGGGGGCAGCAGCAGACAAGGUGAGAGAAAGGAUGUGGAAGAAGCCAGACACAAAGGGCUUUAGGUGCCAUGUUAAAGAGUUUGGGUUUUAAUUGCUAGGAAAGUUUUUAAGUAGGCAGAGCAUCAUUAUCAGAUUUUAUCCCGAGAAGGAUAAAUUUGAGGGGACCUCUUAGGAGAAUAUGGUGCUGACCCAGGCAAGAUGUGAUGAGGUUCUGAACAAGUCAUGGCAGAUGGAAUGAGAAAGAUGUCAAGGAAGUAGACACUACAAAAUUAGUAUCGAAUUUUUAAUGUUAUCUUCACAGCAAUUGCUGAUGAAACUGGAAAGUACUACAGCCAAUAAAUGUCAAAGGAAAUCUUCCUCUGUGCUUCCAUUGCAAUUUGGAGACAUGAUUUUUUUGACAUUUAGCACACUAUAUUGUAAUAAACUAUAAUGUAAUUACUUGCUUACAAUCUUUUCUACUGUGAGACUCUAAGCUUCCUGAGAUUAAGAACCAUACUACCAAGUCGUUGGUUGCAUGAUACCUGCGUGGAGCCUGGUAUCAACAGUGCCCAGUAGAUGUUUGAAGAGUAAGUAAAUGACCUUCUCCUGACGUCAUAACCAGUGCUUCUUCCACAUCCAUCACAUGGCACGGAAACAUGAAACCAUCACUCAGGUGUGCCUUAUGUCCUCCCAUCUCUCUCUCCUCCUCUGGGAGCGAGAACAAAGUGACGAGCAGAUGUAACAGGUGGAUGAUGCUUUUUGUUUUGCUUUAAAAGCUAUAUCACUGCUUCUGUUAUCAAAAUGCAUCCUUUCCUCCAGAAGACUGCAUUAAAAUACCAAUAAUGAAUAUUUAGAAUAUAAAAAAAAAAUAAAAAGGGGCCAUAAAACCUACUGCGAUCCUGCUUUCAAUGGUCUCAUUAUCCACAAAUCAAACAUGAUAAUUGCUUUCAUAUUCCUUUUUAUGUUACUUAAUGUUUUAAUCUGGCUCACACUUUAUUCUUCCACACAGAUCCGUGAUGCCUCCUGCCUGGCUCUUUCAAGAUGGAGGAGAAAACUGUGGGAGAGCCUAGUCAAGUGGUGUCUAAGUUCAAACUUCCCACCAAGGUAGACAGCACUGGACACUGGCUGGUAGAAGAUCAUGCUCGAAUAUGGGAAGUUUUAAAGACAGAGGAGAGCUCGAUUCAGGACUGGGGUGAAGAGGUAGAGGAAGGAGCUGUUUACCAUGUCACCCUCAAAAGAGUCCAGAUUCAACAGGCUGCCAAUAAAGGAGCGAGAUGGCUAGGGGUUGAAGGGGACCAGUUGCCUCCAGGACAUACAGUCAGUCAGUAUGAGACCUGUAAGAUCAGGACCAUAAAAGCUGGCACCUUGGAGAAGCUUGUGGAGAACCUGCUGACAGCGUUUGGGGACAAUGACUUUACUUAUAUCAGCAUCUUCCUGUCAACAUACAGAGGUUUUGCCUCCACUAAAGAAGUGCUGGAGCUGCUGCUGGACAGGUAUGGAAACCUGACAAGCCCAAACUGUGAAGAUGAUGGAAACCAAACUUCAUCAGAGUCCAAGAUGGUGAUUAGGAAUGCAAUCGCCUCAAUCCUGAGGGCCUGGCUUGACCAGUGCGCAGAAGACUUCCGAGAGCCCCCUCACUUCCCUUGCUUGCAGAAACUGCUGGAUUAUCUCAAAAGGAUGAUGCCAGGCUCUGACCCAGAGAGAAGAGCACAAAAUCUCCUAGAGCAGUUUCAGAAGCAAGAAGUGGAAACUGACAAUGGGCUUCUCAAUACCAUUUCCUUCAGCCUGGAGGAGGAAGAGGAACCGGAGGGUGGAGGGCCAGCAGAAUUCACGUUCUUCUCGGAAGAUCUUGUGGCGGAGCAGCUGACCUAUAUGGAUGCACAACUAUUCAAGAAAGUGGUGCCUCACCACUGCCUGGGCUGCAUCUGGUCUCAAAGGGAUAAGAAGGAAAACAAACAUUUGGCUCCUACAAUCCGGGCUACCAUCUCUCAGUUUAAUACCCUCACCAAAUGUGUUGUCAGCACCAUCCUAGGAGGCAAAGAACUCAAAACUCAGCAGCGAGCCAAAAUCAUCGAGAAGUGGAUUAACAUUGCUCAUGAGUGUAGAAUCCUGAAGAAUUUUUCCUCCCUGAGGGCCAUCGUUUCGGCACUACAGUCUAAUUCCAUUUAUCGGUUGAAGAAGACUUGGGCUGCCGUCCCAAAGGACCGUAUGCUGAUGUUUGAAGAACUUUCACAUAUCUUCUCAGACCAUAAUAACCAUUUGACCAGCCGGGAACUACUGAUGAAGGAAGGAACCUCAAAAUUUGCAAACCUGGACAGCAGUGUGAAAGAAAACCAGAAGCGAACUCAGAGGCGGCUUCAGCUCCAGAAAGACAUGGGCGUGAUGCAGGGAACUGUGCCUUACCUGGGCACCUUCCUGACUGACCUGACCAUGCUUGAUACUGCUCUUCAGGACUACAUCGAGGGUGGGCUGAUAAACUUUGAGAAAAGAAGAAGGGAAUUUGAAGUGAUUGCCCAAAUAAAGCUAUUACAAUCCGCCUGCAACAGCUAUUGUAUGACCCCAGACCUAAAGUUCAUCCAGUGGUUCCAGAGGCAGCAGCUGCUCACAGAGGAGGAGAGCUAUGCCCUCUCGUGUGAGGUUGAAGCAGCUGCCGAUACCAGUGCCACCUCGCCCAAGCCUCGGAAGAGCAUGGUGAAGAGGCUUAGCCUACUGUUUCUGGGCUCAGACAUCAUCACCAAUAGCACUCCCACCAAAGAGCAGCCCAAGUCCACUGCCAGCGGCAGCUCUGGUGAAAGCAUGGACUCCGUCAGCGUGUCAUCCUGCGAGUCGAACCACUCAGAGGCUGAGGAGGGCUCUAUCACUCCCAUGGACACACCUGAUGAGCCCCCCAAAAAGCUCUCCGAAUCCUCCUCAUCAUGUUCCUCCAUCCAUUCCAUGGACACAACUUCCUCAGGGAUGUCGUCCUUAGUCAACCCCCUCUCCUCUCCUCCGUCCUGCAACAACAACUCUAAAACCCACAAGCGCUCCGUCUCGGUGACGUCCAUUACCUCGACAGUGCUGCCUCCUGUUUACAACCAACAGAAUGAAGACACCUGCAUAAUCCGAAUCAGUAUCGAAGACAACAAUGGCAACAUGUACAAGAGCAUCAUGCUGACGAGCCAGGAUAAAACCCCUGCCGUGAUCCAGAGAGCGAUGCUGAAGCACAAUCUGGACUCAGACCCCGCAGAAGAGUACGAGUUGGUGCAGGUCAUCUCGGAGGACAAAGAGCUAGUGAUCCCAGACUCCGCAAAUGUCUUUUACGCCAUGAACAGCCAAGUGAACUUUGACUUCAUUUUACGCAAAAAGAGCCCCAUGGAGGAACAAGUGAAACUUCGUAGCCGGACCAGCUUGACAUUGCCCAGGACAGCUAAACGGGGCUGCUGGAGCAACAGGCACAGCAAAGUCACCCUCUGAAGGGAGGGACCCAAUGGUCCUUGCUCGCCAAGGGCAGAGUGAGGCUAAGAACAGGCGGCCGUGAUUGCAGCUACCAUCCAGUGUUAGAGCAUCGUUGGUGAAGUCAACAGAUAUUUAUUGAGUACCUACUAUGUGCAAGGCACUAUGAUAGGCAUUGUGGGGAAAUAGGAAAUGAAUUUGACAUGAAGAGAUUCACUGAUUCUCUUUGAUCAAUUUGAGACUGGAACACAAAAUUAUCCAUACUUAUAAAUAUAUAUAUAUGUACAUAUAUAUGUAUACAUACACACAUUUGAUGUGUGUGUAUAUAUAUGAGGGACUUUAUGGGAUAUUCUGGACUAUGGAAAAACAAAUUUGCACAAUGGCCUGGGAAGUUUAGGUCACUUUUACAGGGAAAUAAAAGGAACUGAGAACCUCAUCUCAUACCUUCUAAGUAAAUGGGAUCAGUCCUAGGAAUACAGAGUGUCCUUUGUGCCAGUAUCACAAGAACUCCAAGCUUUAUUUUUACGAGGGGAGAGAAAUACUUUAUCAAUCAAGUGCCACCGGAAAAGAACCGCUAAGAGGCUGGACCUGCCACGGGCUGAAUGAAAGGCCACUUUGGAAAGGGUUUGGAUGAGCCAGUGGCCUUCAACCUCUGCGUGCAUUUGCCACGUUCUUCUACCCCAGGGAGGGCAAGGAGGGGCUUCAGAGGCCCACUCAGACCCACCAGCCUGUCGUCACUCCUCUGGAGUCAAUACAAGCCCAUUUUGAGUUCUGACAACCACGUCGCAUUUCUGUUUUUCCCCUUUAAGAACGUAUCACAAUCAUUAUUGCACAAAUAGCCAUAUUCUUUGGUAACUUAUUAGCCACAAAAGAGAGCGCAAAAGAAUCGUGACACGUUUGGACUGUCAUUUGUCUUGGAAUGCCACUACUUCACUGCCUUUUCUGAAUGCCUUCUGCAUGUAAAACAGUAUGUCUGGAGUCUUCUGUCAUCUGGAUCGUUGUACCUCUUUAUUAUGUGCAAUUUGUUCCUCAGGUGUAGAAAUUUCUACUGUGACUGACUGAUCAUUUUGAGUCUGUGAAAGAUUUCUGAGCAGUGAUUGCCUGUUGAUAGCCCCUCUGAAGAUGUUCCUUGCCGACAGCAGCAUCCUAUUUUACUUAUUAACUUUUAUAGCAUUACCGUGCCUAGUCAUGGGGCAAAAAUGGGGCUGCAUAUAUUAUCUAAAUCAUUUCUUAAAGAGGUACCGUCUUCCAGAUUAAAUCAGUAAUUUUUUUUUUAGGUCCCCAGACUUGCUAGCACAGUGUCACUGUUCAGUGACAUUUUUGUCUAUAGUAACACUAUUACGCUCUCCCUUCCGAAUCUGAGCUGAGCUGGGGUUGGAACUAAAAAAGCCAUAUGUGAAACGUGGACAUGUAUAUGAAGCACUUUCUCAAAAUUCCAGUUUUUAUUCCAGAAAUAAAGACAACGAACUCAGAUUAUGAAGUGCAGGUUGUAACAUGGAGCUUUUUCCCUUUUUAUAACUGUAGUGCAGCUCCCAAAAGUUGUGUGGGAUUCAUGAUACAUAAAUAGCCAUACAAAAUCUGCAAGAAACACCAGGGAAAGUUUAGAGAAUUGUGGCAGAGGACCAAAGAAUGACCCAGAAAGGCGUCAGAUUUCCUUUCGGUCUUUCUAGGAGAUUGGACUGUGUGUCGUAAAGACUGACUAGGCUUCAGCUGGUCGUAAAGCACUUUCUUCUGUUUGUGAGGCUCGUCUGAUAUGUGCUUCUGUGCUUGGAGGAGAGAUGGCCAGGUGGCAGACAUCUCAGAGAGUGAAGUCAAAUGAAUCCUCAGCCUGAUUUUUUUUUUUGGUUUGAAGGUCAAAAAG